CCGGGUUCCACGACGAAAUGUAAGCCCCAGGGUAUUCGAGAAUGUUGCAUACGUUAAUAUCCCACGCUUGAUAUGUCAAGAGUGUGUGUCUGGAAACUUCAACGCCGUCUGAGCACCACAAACCACUUGCACAAUACACAUCAAGGUUCAUUCUGUCCUUUACCGCAAAUCGGCUCGUGACCUCUCCGCGGCCAUGCCUUCGGUUUCAGUCAUUCUCAAGCCGCUGUUGGGCACCAUCGCCGCCGGAAUUGGCCUCUAUCUUGCUUUCCUGGCGCUUCUCACUGUUCCUACUCUGCAAGACCACAUUAUUUACUUGCAUCGGGUGACGUUGACCUGGUUCCAGGACGUCAAUGUUCCUGAGCAAUGGGGUUUCCUCCGCAACCAAGUCACUCCCUUCCAACUGAAUACGCCUGAUGGCGAAACCCUCCACGCCUGGCAUAUCAUUCCGCUUGACUCUUACAGAAAGCACCAGGAUGCCCUGAGGAAUGAAUCUCCUGGAUUGUGCCCGAACAUCGAGGAGCGAUUGGGAUUUCAGCUAUUGAGAGACGACCCUGAGGCACGGUUGGUCAUAUAUUUCCACGGAGCAGGUGGAACCCUGGGGUCGGGCUUCCGUCCCCAGAGCUAUCGAGCUAUAUCUGCCGCAGAGCGCAAAGUUCACAUUCUCGCUAUUGAUUACCGUGGCUUUGGGACGAGCACAGGGUGGCCCUCCGAAGCCGGAUUGCUUACUGACGCGCUGACGCUUACAACUUUCGCGAUGAAAACUGCUGGUAUCCCACCGGAACGCAUCGUUAUCUUCGCCCAAUCGCUUGGAACAGCGGUUGCAAUUUCGGUAGCGCACAAGUUCGCACUCCAAACACCUUCCGAAUCAUUCGCUGGCUUGGUUCUUGUAGCGCCCUUUGCUGACGUUGCGCUUCUGACGGAGACAUAUCGUGUCGCCGGUACUAUCCCUCUCCUCUCGCCGGUUGUCUACUUCCCGAAGCUUUUGGAACUUCUGAACAGAUUUAUUGUCAGCAAAUGGCCCUCAAAGGACAAAUUAGCGGCCCUUAUCAGGCAUUGCGGCGAACUCAAAUCCAGCCCAAGGAGGGAAUACGAUAUCACACUUAUCCAUGCUGAAGACGAUUACGAUAUUCCCUGGGUCCAUUCGGAUGUUAUGUUCUGGCACGCUGUCAAUGCGACAAGAAAUCUAGCAGCAAAGCUGAGCUUUGAGGACUUACAGACGGAAAAGGACAAAGGAAAGACAUCUCUCGGCGCUGGUGGGUGGGAGUUCGAGUGGAAAUCCAACGGUGGGUUGAUAAGGGAGCAGAUAGUCAAGCAUGGGCUGCAUGAUCGAAUCAUGAGCUACCCUGUAGUGAGUUUAGCAAUAGCCAAGGCCUUUAAUCGGGAGUAGGGGUUACGUUGGAAUCCAACCCUAGCUUAUUCGGAUAGACUAUGAAAGACUGAGAGAGGAAAACAGGAUCUCCCUAACCAGUCGCUAGAUUUUAAUGGAUUUGAAUAGACGGCUGGCCGGCCAAACAUUUUCAUUGAAGCAUGUGUCUGAAUUUGGUA